AUUCGCACCAGACUCACAAGAUCGAGCGAACUACCGAUCACCCGAGCAACAAUGGCCUUCAAGUUUAUCGCUUUCGCCGCUCUGAUCGCCGCCGCUAACGCCGGUGUUAUCGCGUCCGCCCCUCUGGCCUACGCUGCGGCCCCGGCUUACGCUGCGGCCCCCACGGUCGUCGCUGCCCCCGUCGCCAAGGCCGUGGACGCCGACUUCGAUCCGCAUCCACAGUACAGCUAUGCCUACGACGUGCACGACAGUCUGACCGGUGACGCCAAGAGCCAGCAGGAGACCCGCGACGGUGACCUCGUCCAGGGUAGCUACUCCCUCUUGGAGGCCGAUGGCACCAGGCGCAUCGUCGACUACACCGCUGACCCGGUCAACGGAUUCAACGCCGUAGUCCGCAAGGAACCCGCCGCCGUUGCCGUCAAGGCCGUCGCUCCCAUCGCACACGCCGCACCCCUCGCCUACGCCGCCCCGAUCGCCAAGAUCGCCACCCCUGUGGCCCAUGCCGCACCCAUUGCCCAUGCUCCCCUCGCCUACGCCGGCUAUGCCGGUUACGCCGGUUACGCCGCGCCGCUCGCCAAGGUCGCCGCGCCCGCCAUCUCCUACGCCGCCCCCGCUGCCUACCUCCACUGAACUGUGACCUGACCACCACUUAGGAACUGAUACUUACCGAAUAAAUCUCAAUUUUCGUAGCAAGUAUAUAAGUCGUAUGAAAUUAUCUUCGCCUAUUUUCGCUGUAUUUUCGUUCAGUAAUUCAAGUUGGACUUUGAGAAAAAUCUGAUUUAAAUUGCAGGGGAUUAGCAGCUGUGUUUUCUAGAGCACUUUUUAAUAUAUAAUUAUAAUUCAUUUUCUCAUAAGCUGGUGGAAGAAAUAUUCUUCAGCCAGCUUUCUAUUGAUGAGUGUGUGUAUAUUUCUCGAUCAUUUAGAAUAAGACUUGGAAUAUUUGUGUUUUGAAUGUUGGAAUAAUCAUAAUUUUCUCACGGAAUCA